AGCAUCAUACCGGAAACGGAAAUGUCAGCUAACUUCGGUGGUGUUUUUGAACCUUUAAUAAACAGCGUUUGUCCUGCAGGCUGGUUGUUCUCUGACGGACUGACAGCCGGUGGUUUUUGUCAACUUGAAGUCCUCUGUGGGUGCUGUGGAAAAGAAUGAAUGACUUUGCAGUUCUCAACACAGGGCGCAAAAUGCCCUUCCUUGGAUUGGGAACGUGGAAAAGUGAACCAGGAAAGGUGAAGAAAGCAGUCAUGUGGGCGUUGGAGGCUGGAUACCGUCAUAUCGACUGUGCAGCCAUCUAUGGAAAUGAGGUUGAGAUCGGAGAAGCCCUGCAGGAGACACUCGGCCCUGACAAGCCCCUGAGGCGGGAGGACGUGUUCAUCACAUCCAAGCUGUGGAAUACCCACCAUCACCCGGACGAUGUAGAGCCAGCGCUCCUGAAGACGCUGAGGGACCUGAAGCUGGAGUAUCUGGACCUGUACCUCAUCCACUGGCCACAUGCCUUUCAGCGAGGAGACAACGCUUUCCCCAAACAUGAGGAUGGAAGCUUGCUGUACGACUACACCGACUACAAGCUGACCUGGGCUGCCAUGGAGAAGCUGGUGGAGAAGGGUCUCGUUCGAUCCAUCGGCCUGUCCAACUUCAACAGCCGGCAGAUCGAUGAUAUCCUGGCCGUCGCCAAUAUCAAACCCACCGUCCUUCAGGUAGAGAGCCACCCCUACCUGGCCCAGGAGGAGCUGCUGACCCACUGUCGGGAUCGGGGUCUGGUGAUGACGGCGUACAGUCCUCUGGGAUCUCCUGACCGGGCCUGGAAAGAUCCGGAUGAACCCGUCCUGCUACAGGAACCCGUUAUCGGCUUGCUGGCAGAAAAGUAUAAGAAGUCUGUGGCUCAGAUUAUCCUGCGGUGGCAGAUUCAACGAGGUGUGGUAACAAUCCCUAAGAGUGUGACAGAGUGUCGCAUCAAGGAGAACAUUCAGGUGUUUGACUUCACCCUGGAAGCAGAGGAAGUGAAAAGCAUCACAGCUCUGAACAGAGGCUGGCGCUACAUCGUUCCAAUGAUCGAGGUGGAAGGACGACGUGUCCCCAGGGAUGCCGGUCAUCCUCACUACCCCUUCAAUGACCCGUACUGACCACCUGGACCUGCAGCCUGAAUCUGUGCCUUUAAACCCAGAACGACGACGUCUCCCUCACACACCAGAGUCCGGCUGAAUCCUGCCGUCACAGUUUGGCUUUAGUUUGUCAGAUUCUGAACAUCUGUGGCUGCAUGCGCGGCAUUUUUUUAAAUAAACCUUUUCUUACGUCCCGUUGAACUGUUUUUAUUUUACCAGCUGAAGACCAGUUCAGCUUCAUUGUACGUGGUUAAAACUUGAUUUUUACCAACAAUGUGAAGGAAGCCGGCUUCAUGUUUGUAAAGAAAAGCCAAGGAAAUAAAGAUUUCAUAUGAAACAUU